AUGACCACUUCUGCGAUGUCGGAAGACCAGUAUAUUCACAAUAUUUCUUCCAAGGAGAAAUAUCCCAACUACAACGCCGGGAUGACCAAAGAAAUGGACGAGGAGAAUGCGGCCGGGCAAUUGGAAGAAAUCAAUAACUUCCAACAAGGACUCCACCAGCGGCAUAUCCAGAUGAUCGCCCUCGCUGGCACUGUUGGCACGGGUUUAUUCCUCAGCUCCGGUCGUGCUAUCGCCCACGCGGGUCCGUUAGGAGCCUUUUUGUCAUACUCCAUUAUCGGCCUCGCUGUCUCAAGUGUGGUGUUUGGUGUUGGAGAAAUGGGUGCGUUAGCUCCUCUUCAAGGAGGCGUUAUUCGAUACUGUGACAUCUUCUUCGAUGAGGCACUCGCAUUUGCCAAUGGAUGGAACCAAAUAUACUCGUAUAUUGUGUCUAUUCCGUCUGAACUGGUCGCUUGUGCUAUCAUUGUCGAAUUUUGGAUCACUGUCAGCAGUGCUAUAUGGAUCACUGUUUUUGGUAUCAUCAUGGUUAUCACAGCACUGCUCUUCGUACGCAUAUACGGUGAACUGGAAUUCGCCUUUUCAACUCUCAAAAUCAUGUUGAUUAUCGGUAUCAACAUCAUGGCUCUAGUGAUCACCUGUGGUGGCGCACCAAAUCACAAAACCACAGGUUUUGAAUUUUGGAAGGCGCCAUAUGGUCCCUUUGUUCAAUAUCUCGGUAUCAAGGGCUCACUUGGCCGUUUUCUCGGAUUUUGGACCACAUUCAGCAACGCCCUCUAUGCUUAUUCAGGCAUUGAAAAUAUUACCGUUGCUGCUGCAGAGACCAAGAAUCCCCGACGGGCUAUUCCAAUGGCUGCACGACGUAUAUUUGUUCGAAUCCUGGUCUUCUAUGUAAUCACCAUAUUCACAAUGACUUUGGUUGUGUCAUCUGCCGACCCAGAUCUUCUUUCAGAGUCAGGAACAGCAGCCCAGUCUCCUUUUGUUAUCGCUGCCAGGAGUGCCGGUAUUAAGGUGGUGCCAUCGAUCAUUAAUGCGAUUGUCCUGACCUCGGCUUGGUCUUCGGGUAACUCUAAUAUGCUCGGAGGGUCUCGAAUCCUAUACGGAUUGGCUAUGCAAGGCCAUGCACCUGCCGUCUUCAAGCGUCUCAAUCGCUUCUCGAUUCCCUAUGUCGCCGUCGCCCUUUAUGGUGUCUUCAUGGCCCUCGGAUACAUGUCUCUCUCUAGUGGUGCAUCAACCGCCUUUACGUGGCUUCAGGACUUGGUAUCCAUAUCAACACUCGUCAAUUGGAUAACUCUACUGAUCGUCUACCUUCGCUUCUUAUAUGGAUGCAAGAAGCAGGGAAUCGAUCGCAAGCAAGAGUUACCAUGGGCAGCUCCAUUUCAACCGUAUGGAGCAUGGUUUUCUUUGGUCAUUUUCAUCCUUCUCUUCUUCACUGGGGGCUAUUCUACCUUCCUUAAGGGCCAUUGGUCAACAGAGACCUUUAUCAGCUCUUACUUCAAUCUUCCUUUCAUCAUUAUUGUUUACUUUGGGUACAAGUUCUGGAAGAAAACGAAGAUCAUUCCAUUGACGGAAAUCCCUAUUCGACCUUUCAUUGAACAUUAUCGACAGAACCCUGAGCCUGAGCCAGCUCCGAAGCGCGGGCUUCGGCGACUGAAUAUUCUGUGGUCCUAA